AUGAGUUUAGAGAAUGCUAUUGUUUAAUGGUUAAACAAAUUUUAAUAAUUGAAUAUUUAGUCUUUUGAUAGUUUGGCUGAUGGUAAAUAUGAUUGUUUUAUAUAAGGUUGGACUUUUAGUUAAUUGUUGAAUUUAGUUGAUCCUACAUUCUUUUCUUUGGCAAGUGAAACAAGUUUAAAGAUUGAUAAGAUUGAUAAUAAUGUUUAAAAAGUUCAAGGUCAUUUGAUUGAAAUGCUUUAAAAAAUUUAAUAAUAUCGAACUAAUAUUUAAUGCAAACCACCAGAUUAUAUAGAGAUUGAUGUUUUAGAAAUCAUAGUGAAAUAAAAUAGGCAAUAAAUUUUGGCGUUAUUUGAAUUAAUUUUGAAAGUUAUCCUUUCCUCAAAUAUAAGAGGGAAAUUUAUUGAACCUAUUUUAUUAUUAGAAGAAAAAGAUUAAGAAACAUUAAUGCAUUUUCUAAAAAAUCAUUUAGAUGAAGUAAUAUAAAAAAUAUAAAAUCAAGUCAGAAAAUUAAAAUAAUGAAUGGCAAGAGGAAAAUUAUAUUCAAAGUUUAGUGCAAAAAAUGGAUGAAAUUGAAUAUUAAAACACAGAACUUAAAUAAUAAUUAAAUGAAUAAGAAGAAAAAAGAAAAGCCUUAAAAAGUGCUCUUGAUGAUGCAGUAGUCUUAUUAGAAAAUAAAGAUAUGGAAAUUAAGGCAUUGACAGAAUCAAAAUGCCAUUUAGAAAAAUGUAUAUAAUUUAUAAUUUUUUUUAAGGUUUGGAAGAAAAAAUGGACUUUUAAAAUGAGUAUAAGGAGAGUGAGAAAAUUCAUUAAAAGUGUUUAGAACAAGAACAUAAAUUGGCAUAAUAUGAAUUAAUAAUUGAAGAUUUAAGAAGAAAAGAAAUAUAAUUUAUUUAAUUAAAGGAAGAAUAUUAGCAAUACAAAUAUAAAUUAUAAGAAAAUGAAAAGUUAGAAUAAAGAAUUGAAAGUGUAAGAGAUAUAAAAUAUAUAUAGUUGCAAGAACGAAGAGAAUUAGACAAAGACGUUUAUUAAAAAGGAAAAGAGAGAUAUGAAAAGGAAAUAGCAAUAUUAAAGUAAAAUAUAAAAGAGUUAUUAUUAUAAUAAUCUGAGUUGAAGGAGUCUAAAUUAAAUUUAGAAUUGGAAUUACAAUAAAAAUAGGCAAGACUUACAAGAUCAUUAGAGCAAAUUAAAACUACAGAAAUAGAAUAUGGAUAGAAAAUUAGGGAGCUUUAAGAUUUGCUUGAAACUUUACAUUAAGCUGAAGAGGAAAUGCCUAAAAUUACUAAUACCACUAAUUAAUAAUUAUCAUAAGAGAUGAAAUUAUCAAUUAAUAUGAAAAAUGAAAAUUUUGAGAGAGAAUAUUACAUCAAAGAAAAUCAUAAAUUAGAAGAAAAAAUAAAAGAGCUACAAGCUUAAAUCAAUGAAAUGUAAAUGGUAGAAGAAAGUAAGGAUCAGAAAAGCAAAUUUGAAUCUUAGCUUUAAUAGUCUUAAUAGAUUUCAUUGUUAACGGAUAAAAUUAAAUAAUUUUAAGAACAUAACUAAUAAUUAAAAAAAUAGAAUGAAGAGUUGAAAAAGUAAACUUAAAAUAAAAAAUUCACAUAAAUUGAUAGUGAAAUAAGUGUGCUUUCUUUACUGUAGGAAGCUUUAGCCAAAAAGGUGAAAGAAUAUAAAUGUUAAGAAAACAUUAAAUGA